UGCUCUGCUUUCAGGAUUUUAUGCUCCUUCUCCAUUCCAUCCCGCAGCAUCCAUCAAUGAUGAUCCUGAUGAUUGCUUUACAACAGCACAGAAACACACUUCCCCGCACCUACGCAACGAGCGACGACGAACCCUCCGCCCCGGGGGAAACCUUUGGCUUUGGAAUUUCCAUCUCUCAGAUUUGUAACGUUUCGGUGGUGCUGUGAGAAGGAUCGCCAGAACCAUGGGCAACAUGAAGCUCUGCUCAAACAUCAAGUUCCACGGCUACUUGAUCGUGGUGUUUUCGGCGCUGCUCACGGUCAGCGUUCUGAUUAGCUCGGUGACGCUGAAGCUGCUCUACCCGAACCGUCAGGAUGUGGAUAUUCCAAACGAUUUUCAAGAUCUGAUCGAUUAUGGAUGGUUCGACUUUACCGGCGAUGUUGUGCAUCUGAUCUCGAUCGGAGUUCUCUGCUAUGGCAUUAGAAAGGAAAAUCGCUUCUGUCUCAUCCCGUUCAUGCUGUCGAUCGUGUUCGACUGGAUUGCGUAUCUGAUCGCCAACACACGCAACGGUUCCGCAAUGCCCUAUCAAGUGUGGUUGGUGACAACAGCUCUAUUCCUGUACGUGUUUGUCACACUGAUUGGGCUGUACAAGCUGUUUCAAAUGAAGCUUAAGGAAGGCACCGACCGGUCGGACGAGUUUAACAAAACGAUGUGCCUGUGACGCUGCUGUGGCCUGUGGACAGCGGUUCGAUUUGGAAAAGCAAAACCAAAAAAUCGAACUAUCAAAAAGCUGAACAGGAAGCUGAUUUUUUCCACGACGCCUUUUUAAACGUGAUUGUGAUAGGGAUGGCAGAGAGAUGGUUUUGGAGUUUUGUGAUUGUUUUAUUUUACCCCAUAGUUAGUUUUUACAACACACGCCAUAGUUUUGGUGGAAUAGAUUACAAAC